GUCAAAACACCAGCAGCCACACCCUAGCACCUUACACCUCUGCAAGCGGCUCACUCCACCACUCUGCGACAAUUUUCGUUCGAAGGCAAACAAGAGACGAUGUUUGUAGAUGGCCUCCUGGACGAAACAGGCGGCUGGACGACUAAGGAGCCAUUCUUGCUCUUGUCGUCCAAACUAUGGGACGCCCAGGGGGACAGGGUGUGGCAAAGCAGGAACGGUCAUCUCAUGCACAUCACAAGUCUUUAUUUAGGAUGUAUAUAUAGGAAGAGUUGAUCAACCAGCUUGGAGGAGUUUUUCUUGGCCAUCGAUCAUCAUCUCCUUCACCAGCCAUCGUUCUUGACUUUCAUUCUUGGGAUCCUGCGGAUUCUUACGUUCAACUAAUCAGUUUUUGAUUCUACUUCUCCUUAGGCUGGGCCUUCACUCCCUUGGGUGCUUUUUUUGAGAUACAAGUUAUUGUUUCAUUCUUCUUUUCUGUUCUUUCUUCAUUCAGACCAUCUACCCAUCACGAUGUUUUCUCUGAGGCUUUUCUCCCUGGCUGCUUUGGCCGCCCUCGCCCAUGGCCACUCCCAGAUCAUCGCCGCCUAUGGCGACUCUGGAAUGAGUGUUGGUUUCCAAGUCGAGGACCUGGCAAGAAAUUGCACUAGCAUCAGCCCUUGCCAGCAAGACGCCACUCUCAUCCGCGACGCCGAGAUUCAAAACAAUGUCGCCAAUGAAUGCGGGCGGACAGAGAUCGGCGGCAACAUCGAUGUCGGCGAGAACACGGAGAACGCGCUGGCCGCAGGGCAAGUGACCAAGGUCCAGUCCGGCUCAACAAUCACCAUGACGAUUCACCAGGUGAACGCCGACGGUGCCGGCCCCUACACUUGCGACAUGGACCCGACCGGUAACUCCCUCGGCGUGACCGGCCAGACCGCCCUGCAAGUGACCAACAACGUCCCCGGCGCCAACGGCUUCUCACAGGCCAAGACGCAGGACUUCAACAUGACCAUCACGCUCCCCGCCAACAUGAACUGCACAGGCGGCUCGACGGGCAACAUCUGCACAGUGCGGUGCCGGAACAACGCGCUGGCAGGGCCCUUUGGCGGGUGUAUCGCCGUGCAGCAGACCGACACCGCCGCCAAGACCAACGUGGCCGCCGACAUCACUACCGGGUCUACCCUCGACGAGGUCAACGCUCAGGUCCAGCAGAACCAGAUUGACCUCCCUGCUGCCAUCGCCGCCAACCAGGCCGGUGGCACCCCGGAGCAGCUCGCUGCCCUGGCUGCCGUCUCUAAGCUCGCCUUCCCCACCGUCGUCAGCAAGGCCGCGCCUGUGCAGACGCCUGCUGCUGAUGUUGUUGCCGCCGUUAAUGCCGCUGCUUCGACGACGACUGCUGCUGCUGCUGCUACCACCAGCGACACCACCAAGAAGCACAAGAACAAGAACAACUGAGUUGUUCCUGAUUGGGAAGCCAGUGGGAUUAGGAUCGUCUGAGACGAUGGUGUCAUGAUGAGAACUGAAUUAGAAAGUAGAGUGUCAUAUUUCAAAACUAUAUCAGAUGGCUGGUCAGAGGGGGUGUGAAUAGGAGGUGGUUGUUCUUUUCCUCCCAGCGAUUUGAUAUAUAUCUGAACCAUAUUCCCCC